CCCCGGUACCGCGAUGCGGAACUUACAUCGGGCGUGCUGGCUGUUCUGGUGGGUGGGUCUGCCCAUGCUCGCGGCCUACCCCGUACCUUCGCCGCUCACCGCUGAUUCACCGUAUACUCGUUCUUCCUGGCAGUGGGAACACUACUGGAUGCGUUACGCGAUUGCUUUGUCGAGCGUCAGUGCCACGGCGUUAACUCUGGCUGGAUGUCUUUGUUGCCAGAGACACAGAAGACCCAAAGGAUUUCAGGCCAAAGCAGAAAAGUGCAAUCAGGAAUUCAAAGAUGGAAGCAGUACUGGACAGGGAAGUGCGUUUGAUCGAUCCAUUGAAGGUUUGGAAUUGGAUGCCUCUAGGACAUUAGCCGCUUCCGAAAGGGUUCAAUUUGAACCUCUACCAGUGGAAUCUAUCGUAUCCGGAAAUAGAAAUACUCCGAAGCAUAAAGCAAUACCUUUAUCAGCGCCGCGUAUCGAGGAUCAAGAUACAGAUCGCUCUAUCCUGCAGGAACCAUGUAGUGAUUGGUUCAACUCCAAUGAGCUUUACGUUCCUAGAGAGAAACUGAAAUAUCUCAGAGAAAUAGGUCAUGGAUGGUUUGGAAAGGUCGUCGAAGGUCGAGCAGAUUUGGAGCAAUCGAAGGGCGUCUCGAAAUCGGGUGGCGUAGUAGUGAGGAUCCUCACCGAAGAAGCUACCACCAAAGAGAAGGCCUGGUUUCUCGGCGAAGCCACGCCGUAUUUGAAGCUACGCCACCAAAACGUCUUGUCUCUACUCGGUUUCUGUCUGGAAACUGACCCGUACCUUCUGCUGUUUGAAUCGUGUCCAGCUGGCGAUCUAAAAGGUUUCUUAUUAUCGAACCGUGAUACCAAAUCGAGAGAAGCACUCGAGAAGGAAAAUGUUCCGAUACGAAUUGCGAUAGAGAUCGCAGCUGGUUUGAAGCAUAUGCACAGCCACGGCUUUGCGCAUACCGAUCUCUCCGCAAGAAAUUGUUUGGUUGCUCCUGACUUGUCAGCCAAGCUAGGUGAUUAUGGUACCGGUGUCGAAAAGUAUCCCGAAGAUUAUUAUAUAGUGGGAGAUCGAGCUUUGCCCAUCAGAUGGUCUGCGCCGGAAAGUCUGAACUGUACAGAUACCACCAUCGAAACGCAAGAGAUUACGCUACAGGCCAAUAUGUGGAGUUACGCGGUUCUUCUUUGGGAAAUUGCUAGUUGGGGAGAAAGACCUUACAACGAUAUGAAUGACGAGCAGGUCAUUCAGAUGAUCCUAUCUUUAAAAAGCCAAUUUUUGCCAAACGGCACGCGAUUGCUGCAAAGUUAUCUCACUAGUUGUGCGCCGAAUGUAUUCCAAGUGAUUCGCUUGUGUUUGAAUGUUAAUGCGAAAGACAGGCCCUCCUUGGAUGACAUUAAGCAGAUCCUUCUGAAUGAACAUUCGGCAUAUGUAGAUUUCGAGCAACGAUGGGAGAGUCUACGUGCGAACACUUGCAAACAAAAUGUGCGCAGUGCUAGCUUACAAGAUCUACGUGGUAGUAUCGAUUCUGAUUACUGGACUCAUAUCGUUGACGAUGCGCAGAUCACAGACUCGUUACAAUCUUCGUUUCGUCUUGGUCCCGACGAACAAGUGAGGAAUAUCCCCAGAAUGAAGACCGCGCUAUUUCAAGAGUCUGGUUCGGAAACCGAGGAGGAAAGUUGGAAGGGCCGUAUCGAACAAGGUGUCUAUACCGAAAAAGUUAAGCAAAAGUCGAAAUCUGUGACUGAUCUUAUGGUGCUUGUACACAUUGAUCCCGACUCCGACGCGGAAUGGUCAUUGGGAGCGCAAACAUCACAAGACAAGAAUGUCAAGAAGAAAUUAUCUGUGACCGGCAGCGACAGCGAUCUCAGGCAUACCGUGCCCGCGGAUGAGUUCGACGAGGCAUUGAAAAAAUUACGAGAUCCUUUGCCGAGCAACGCUACCAAUAAAGUUCGAUCUCUGGAAAACUUGGAACGACCGAAACUGCUAACUCUUACCACAGAUCAGGGCCAGACGCCGAUCCUACGUCUUUCUCUGAACACGGAAAAAAUUCCGGAGAGUAGUGAGAGUAAUGGCGCACAAUUUAACGCAAGCACGGAUAGCAUGCAGCGCGGCAAUGAGAAGCACGUACUGAGACUUUUGUCGAAGGGAGAUCCGGACUUACCCCUUCUUCGCUAUGUACCUGACCAAACGUCCUACGUUGAAGAAGUAAAGGAGAAAAGAGAGAAUCACGGGGCGCCCGAUAUACUCCUUGUCACUAAGGAGGACAGCGACACUUGUAAUAAUUUUGUCUCGAAUAAUGCCGAGACGAAUAAUACGGUAGACGUUUUAUUAUGGAAUCACGCAUUAGAUUCCGCUUUAGAGCACAAAGUACCAGGUUUCUCAGACGAGGCGGAAUUUAACGAAUAUAUAGAUGCAUCAGCUGAGCAAAGUAAUGCCAGUGCACCUGAACUGACCGUGACUGCCGUAUCCACGCCAGACGCGCCACAGUUUUGUAACGCCUAUUCGAUUUAUACCGUCGAUGAUAGCUUUUCUACGAUAGAGAAUACGGAAAUAGAACGAAAAUUAUUGCCAAAUGAUGACGAGGAAGAGAGGAAGCAAUUAUCCACGCCGGACGAUGAACAGAGUUCCGAUUCGGGUUUCCGAGACAAAGAAUCUUGCGAGGAAGAGGAAGCAAUCUGUUCAACAUCCGGUAAUCCUCUGGCUUCAUCCAAUAGCACUGCAGUCUCCAGAUCGUCGUAUUCCGAAGAAGAGCCAUUCCAAAUUCUAUUUGAGCUAGAUACUAUUCUCGACGCGGAAUAUUACGCCACGCCCGGUGGGCCUGAAAGUAUAACUGAAGGAAUUUCUACAACUGAUAUCGAAAGACUCGUAUCGCCUUCGAAACAGAAUACUUCCAAUAUGAAUCACGUUUCUAUUAAAAUCGAUGGUACCGAUACCGAUUUGACUCAGAUGAGCGAUAUGGAAGACAGUCCGCUAAAUCGAAUAAGAGAUAAUAUACUAGAAGAAAAUAUAAUAGAAGAUAAGAUGGAAAAGGGAAACAUGACUCCUGAAAAAAGACAGAAUUUCAAGACCAAAGGUGAUGUUCAUCAAUCUCACGACUUAGAAACAGAUGUACAUGUCUUAAAAUCAGAUGCUCAACGAGAUGAACAAUACUCGCAAGAGGAUUAUGAAAACGAGGAUGAGGAUAGUUCGACGGUGAGCUUACGUAGCGACAAUUCGUACGUGUCAUUCAGCAUGGAAGAGGAAUUUGUAACGGCGAUUCGUAACGAACUCAGGGAGAAGUUGCCUCAGGCUCAGAUGCAGAUCGUAGAAUCCUUGGAAGCACACGACGACGAAAAUCCUUCCAUCUCGGAUGACGCAUACGGUAAACAAUGGGAUGAUGAAGAUAACGAAGAUUCAUCCAAUCAAGUUAGCGGGGGUGUAGAUAUCUCGAUCAGGUACAACGUAUAUGGGACACCGCUUAGUCCUAUCUUAGAGGAGCGAGAAAGUACCGUCACUUCCGAGUCUUUAAUGUCGAACUCUAGAGACGCAUCUGUUGCUUCGAGGGAGUCAAUACCGUCCGAAGAUGUGCUGUUGGUGGACACUCGCACAAAUGAAAUGAUACUGUUAGAAGGACGAUUGCAGGAUGAAGAUCGAGACACAACGAAUGGCGAUCUGUCCGAGGAGGAAAAUUUAGAUUACACUUGUUCAACAACACGUCCGUUAGAGGAUAAGUCGCGUAUCGUGAAAACGAGCGGAGGUGCACCAUUACCAAGCCCCGAGGAAGAAUCCAAGUGGCAACAGUUACCUUCGUCCUUCCCACUACCUUUGCCUCUACCAUUACAGGAUGAUUUGAUGUCGACGAGUUUCGUCACCGAACGCGAAUGCUGUAGUCAAGAUGAGGACGAAGAGGAAGAGGAGGAAGAGGAGGAAGAAGAGGAUGAAGAUGGAGAGGAAGAAGACGAAGAUAACAGUUCCAGUUCCGGUGAAUUUGUAUGGAAGAGAUAUAACGAACCACAUAUCGAGCAGAUACGAAUCAGAAGUACUGUGAAUAAUGACGAAGCGAAUACGACGACAAAUGUUGAAUUAGAAGAGGAAUUGGCCGUUGAGGAUGAAGAAGAGGAGGAAGAAUUCACGCCUUCGGCCUGGAAUGCCGCUUUAGCACCACAUCGAUCAGCAUUGAGGUCUCCGGACAAAACGUUAAAAUCAGGGGAUGAGUUGGAUCAGAAGAAAAGCGUGUGGUUCAAGAAACAACGUUAUCAUUGCGUGUACGAGUACCCGAAAGAAACAAUACCCGCGGAGAAUCAAGCAGAUACUAUAACCAACUCGGAACCGACAUUAUAUUCUGAUUGGGAAGAAAUGAUGAAUGAACCGCGACUAGAUCUAUAUCCUUUAGAUUAUGACGAUGCCAAUCAUACUGGAAACGAAGAAUUUUUUGUGACUAGUUCCAAUCGACCCUUUCAAACUGGCGAAAGUAAAUAUGUCAGCCAAUUCUUUCCUGGCGCGAAUACAGUUUUAUCCGACGAUCGAGAUGAAACUGAUAGUUGCCGACAAGAGCCACAUCAAAACAAUAUUGAUUUCGCGCACGAACAUGACCAAUGUCAGCAACAACAGUUAGGAGAGUUAAGGCACACCAGAGAUCGUCUGAAGUUAAAUUUGAUAUCGUCAAACGGUACACCGUCCGCCCCGUUCGUUCCUACGAGACAAUCGCACGCGGACGACGAGCAAUUAAACAUUAAAGAGAAUCACGAAUCAGAACUAGAGAAAGUCAUCACGCAGAAUCAAUGUAUCUUGUCGAGUCCAAUGAACGAUGAAAACGCAUUGCCAAAGGUGCCUCACGAAGAUGUCCAGAUCGGUCCAUCUUCUACAAGAAUUUCUCAGUGUGAUAAUCAAGAGAAAACGCUGGAACCCACCGAGAAGUGUAGUGUUUUAGCUCGUGACUAAAAUGAGACUAAAGUCUGUAAUGAAGUUUUAGGGAAGACAAUUUAGCCCAAGUCCGUCCGAAGCAAUCUCGUCGUGAAAAUGUGGUGAUCCUCUUUGCUAAUACACGCGAUUCGGUUGAUUAUCACCGAUGAGAUUAUUAAUACAACACGAAUCUCGAACAAAUGUACAUAAGAAGGCUGUAGUGGAUAUUACUUGAUGCUAUAAAGGUCGAUCAGUUGUCUAAUGGAUCUUGUUAGCGGUGUUGUUAUGACUAUUCUGUAGCAAAUACGGAAAAACGUGUCAAUAUAGAGAUAGUCACGGCUUUAUAUUAUUAAUAAAGCUUUCUAUCCGCAUGACGGUUUUAGUCACAAAUAGAACGGAUAGAAGGAAAUAAGCAACGGAGAAUUAAGUAAGAACAAAGGGGCUAUGUAAAAAGUGGACAUAUACGAGUAUUAAUUCUAGACAAUCGGUUUGUAGAAGCCACAUCGAAUUAAGAUGAACAAUUCGUUACGCGUGUAAAUAAUUAUUGUUUAUAGUGUAAUUGUUAAACGAGCAGUAGUGCCUAUGUAGAAUGACAUGAUUAUUUUUGUGACUCUUCUAUAAGAGAUUAUAACCGUCUUUCACAUUA